AAUGUAAUUUAUUGCCCAAAGUAGCUCUUUGGAGUGGGAAAUGGUCUUAAAAUUCUGUGCAUUCAUUGACCUUUCUGAGAACCAUUUCACAAACUAAAAGUAUAAUGAAGGGAAGGCUGUUUACAGAGUGAGGUAUUUUCUGCUGCAGAGCCACUCAGCAGCACCAGAAGGGUCAUCCUCUUCAUUCUGUUCUGGAAUAAAGACGUACUUUGUGAAGGAAUUCACCUUUAAAGGGCUGUCUGCCUAAGUGCUCUCCUGGAAUAACUCUUGUGGAAUAAUGUGGUUUUCAAAAGCUGUGCCAGCCACUUCCUCUGUACAGACAAAGCCUUGGGCUUCCAGGAUUGGACUUUUUGGUACUUAGAGAAAUUGCUCGAUGUUUCAAAUGGAGACCCUGCGAGCACUCCCGUGGUGUGCAGAUGAUGGCACAGGGCCCUGGGUUUCGUUGCUUGUUUUCUGACUUGGCUAAGAAACGGCUUGGGAAAGGUGCCCUUAACCUCCCCCAGGCAGAGGGUGGGGAAGUUUUCACAAGCCCCUUGGAACAGGCUGAAAUGCUGCUCCAAUCCCUUCUGCCAUUCCAAGCCCACACAAGGGGCAGCCAGGAACUCCUGCUGCUCGCAGGAGAUGCGAUGUCUCCUUGACAUGCAAGCCCGUACCAACUGUGCCACCAGAGGCGAGCUAAAACGGGCGAUUGCUUUCCAAAUACUGCCUCCAAGAAGCCUGCAGAUGUCUCACACAAGUGUUCAUAUCCUAAAAAGCACCUUUUCCAUCCUUUUAAAAUGGCAGAUUAAGUCAUGUGUAUGACUCAGGCUCAUUUUCUUGUCCUGUGACUCCAGGCAAGUCACUUCUCUUCCAGCUCUCUGACAGGUUUUGGCCAUCCAAUCCAAAACCGCCGUGUGUGCCUUGCUGAGGAAGAUGCGUGAGCGGCACCCUGGAAAAACAAAAGGCAGAGCUGCGUUGAGCUAAAUGCCUUCCAAACCAAAGCGGUGCUAACUAAUGCUGCCUUUCCCAGCUGUGGAGCGAGGGCAAUGCGAUAUUCCGGACAGACAGCGAUUACAGUAGCCGAUAAACCACGGGCGAUGGACUGACUGAAGACGGAGACUGAGGCGUCUUUCAGCGCGGGGCGGAUGUGAGGUCGCGCCAUGAGGUUCCUUGGGGCAGGUCGGAUCGGGCCCGGCCCGGGGAGCCGAGCUCUGCUGCCACUUUCUGCCCGCCCAAGGCCAGGGGGAAUUGCGGGGUCCUGUCACACCCGCAGGCUGGAAGGACACCGCGGUAUCCAGGUCUUGCUCACCUGUCCUUGGGUAUUUGAGGUGGCACAAGAUUGUUGGUGGUUUUUCAUGGAGUUGCUCAGUUGUCUCAGACUUUCACCCUUUUUUCUGCUUCACUGCAGGCAGUGGUGACUGGAAUCCUUCAGGUGUGCCAACACAUACCAGCAGCAGGACAACACUAAGCAGGAGGAUUUUUUUCGUACCUAAAGCUUUUAAUAGGUGAUCAAUACUUUAUUGCGUGCUCUUUCACAAUGAAGGCCAUGGAGGAUCAAGUAGUCCAAGAAGAACCAGGAUACCAGGAUGAUGAGGAGUCCUUUUUUCAGGAUAUUGACCUGCUGCAGAAGCAUGGAAUUAAUGUAGCAGAUAUUAAAAAGCUGAAGGCAGCUGGGAUUUGCACAAUCAAAGGAAUCCAGAUGACCACAAGAAGGGCACUGUGCAAUGUGAAGGGGCUCUCAGAGGCCAAAGUGGACAAGAUUAAAGAAGCUGCAAACAAGCUUGUUGAACCAGGCUUCCUCACUGCCUUUGAGUACAGUGAAAAACGGAAGAUGGUAUUUCAUAUUUCCACUGGCAGUCAAGAAUUUGAUAAGCUUCUGGGUGGUGGAAUUGAAAGCAUGGCAAUCACCGAGGCCUUUGGAGAGUUCCGGACAGGCAAAACCCAACUAUCUCACACUCUUUGUGUGACAGCUCAGCUCCCAGGACCAAAUGGCUACACAGGUGGAAAGAUUAUCUUCAUUGAUACUGAAAACACUUUCCGACCGGAUCGCCUGCGUGACAUUGCGGAUCGCUUCAAUGUGGACCACGAGGCAGUGCUUGACAACGUGCUCUAUGCACGUGCAUACACCAGUGAGCAUCAGAUGGAAUUGCUUGACUAUGUAGCAGCCAAGUUCCAUGAGGAAGCUGGUAUCUUCAAGUUAUUGAUCAUUGACUCCAUAAUGGCACUUUUCCGUGUGGAUUUCAGUGGUCGCGGAGAGUUGGCCGAACGACAACAGAAACUGGCUCAGAUGUUGUCAAGGCUCCAAAAAAUAUCAGAAGAAUAUAAUGUGGCUGUGUUUGUGACCAACCAGAUGACUGCUGACCCAGGAGCAACUAUGACCUUUCAGGCAGACCCAAAAAAGCCCAUUGGGGGCCACAUCCUUGCUCAUGCUUCAACUACCAGGAUCAGUCUGAGGAAAGGGAGAGGGGAGCUGCGUAUUGCAAAGAUCUACGACAGCCCUGAGAUGCCUGAAAAUGAAGCCACAUUUGCAAUAACUGCUGGAGGGAUUGGGGAUGCCAAAGAAUAGGUAAAAAAAUGAUAAAUGUACAGCUUAAAACCAGCUGGGCAGUUGGGAUGAAGAUUUGUGAAAGGUCGACAACUACCUGGCUGCAUUUGUAGCUUUUGGGAGAUAUUUAAGAUAUUUUGGGAGAAAAUAGGAUGGACUUUGUACAGUUCAGUUUUACUGAACUAAAAUUUUGGUCAUUUAGGAUUUUUGUUUUUCAAUAGAACCUCUAGGACACAAAGAUUUAAGCCAUUAGAUUGUGAAUUGUUCUUAGAAUCUUUUUCCUGUCUUUUGUGAAAAUCAAACCUGUCCUUUCACAUGGGAAUGAAUAUAUUCUUUCUUAAUUUAUUUCAAAGAGAGUGUCUAAGUGGUAGAAUUUAACAGUGUGAAAUGCAACAGAACUGGAAUAAACUCAGUUAUAAAAUUGACAUAUAUAGAUGGAAAAGGCAGUGGGAGGAACAACAGCUCAAGAACUUGACGGAUUUUCAUGUACUGUAGAGGAACAAGUAGUUUUAAGAAUACGUUUUUAAACAUUUUUAUCUUGCCUAGAUAAUGUUCAUGUUUUUAUUUAGCAUUUUCUACUUUUUGGACAGAAUGUUUGAAACCUGUUCUUAUUAAAGUUAAAAAUAAAGACUGUGAAUUAGAACAGAAGUCUGACUAUGUUUGGGUGCUUUGAAUAAAACUCCCCGUUUCAAAAAUCUCA